AUGUUCAUCCACCCAACCGUACUACGCCAUCUUUUUGUCGUCAAAGCUAUCAUCUCAACCAUAUCCCUCUUGGGUGUACUCGGUUGGGUCGUCUCUGCCAAUGGCGGCAGUAUCGGCGACUUCAAGUACACGACAAAGCAAACUCGGCUGUCAGGAUCAGAUUUGAUCUGGCCCAUGAUCCAAGCUAUUCUGAUCAACCAGCCAGACGUCUGUCGUUAUGGUCGUUCUUAUGGUGAUGUGACUUGGAGUCAAGGAAUCGGUAUCUUGAUCAGCAAAGUACUCGUCAUGUUUGUGAGUACUGCAACAACGGCUGCCGCGACUCAAGUACUUGGCAAAUCGUACUGGAACGUCUGGGAUCUCUACAAUGCCAUCCUCGACCAAUACUGGACGGCCGGAGCACGCGCAGGCAUGGUCUUUGCGUCUUUCGGCAUGAUGCUUGCCGUGCUCGUCAUCAACGCCGGGAGCAACUCGAUGCCAGUCGGCGCCGAUCUUACCGGCAUCUUUCCAAAAUGGCUUACAAUUAUCCGUGGCCAGGUGCUCUGCGCUAUGUUUGCUCCGCUUCUCGUUCCGUGGAAAAUAAUCGCGUCUGCAACUUCCUUUCUCACCUUCCUGGGUAGUUACACGGUUUUCUUGAUGCCUAUUUGCGCUUGCAUGAUCGUCGACUACUGGAUGAUUAGGAAGGGCAACUUCCACGUACCGUCAUUAUACGUCUCAACUCCAACAAGCCCGUAUACCUACUACAAAGGAUGGAAUCUGCGCAUGCUUGCAGCUUGGGUGUCUGGAGUCGCUUUCACAGUUCACGGUGUUGCCGGAUCGCUGGACCCGACCUCGGUGUCUUUCGCGAGCAAAAACAUGUACAAGCUUGGCUUCAUCUUGUCCUUCCUCAUGGGAGGCUUUGUGUACUACCUAUUGUGCCUCAUCUGGCCAGUGCAGAUCCUCCCGACGGGUGCAGAACGUCCAUUGGCUUUCGAAGAGAUGGCAGCCAAUGAAGGAUUCUUCGAGCAUGAGGGUAUUAGCACAAUCACGGGCGUUCUGGAAGGCGAGAACGCUAAUGGACUUAUCACCCAGACCUAUGUUGUAGAUGGGAAGGAGAGCACAGUUUAA